ACCCGGAAGUCGGCCAGAGCCAUAGCUGCCGCCGAGAGCCGAGCCGGGCGCCGUGAGGCAGCUCCGCCGCCCCCGAACCUCUUCGCCCCCGCCCGCCCCCGGACCGCCUGUGGGGCGCGGAGAGCCGGAGACGAGGACAUGCCGCGGCACGAAGGACAUCGGUAAAAAAUCCCACCAUCCUCCUCCCCGCAGCCUCUGGGAUCUCUUUCGCCAGCCGCCGGCUUCCCCCAUGAAGCAAUCUAAAGCCUGAUGCCCUCGUUGCACCUCGGCAUGGACAGGGGGAAGACCUACCACCCGCCAUGCCAACACCAGCAGCCCGGCAACACACUGUACGGGAUGCCGGCCCUCCAGCCCCAACCCAGCGUCCCCACCAUCGAGAAUUCUGUUUCCGGUUGGUGGAGUCCGGCCCCGUGUUUGUCCACGCCAUCUUUCCUGAGUGAAAACCAGCAAUAUUACAAUACCACUUGCGAUUUCUACACGAAUUCCAUCAUCGGGCCGCCGUUCUCGGAUUCCAGCUAUACGUCUCCGGGCCUCGCCGACUUCUUGCCCAAAAACGGCGACUUUCCUCAGGAUUCUGCAUACCUCAACGAACUCUCCAGCAACUCCCUCUUCUCCUCCCCUGCGGACUCGCUCUCAGACAUCGCCGACGCUCAGGAAUUCCUGGCUGCCGACAGCCUCAGCCGCGUGCCAACGAUAUGGGACGUCAACACGCCGCAGCAGAACCAAAUAGAGCUCUUGCCUCCCGACUUGGGAGGUUUGGAAGGCCUACCGGGAAUGGAUAACCACGUCCCCGCUGCUCAAGAGACGCCUCUCCUUUCAAGCAUUCAGUCCCAAACUCAGGUAGAGGAGGAGGAGGAAGGCGACGACGACGAAACGGAGGAGCUGGGUCACGCGGAGACGUACGCCGAUUAUGUCCCGACCAAAUCUAAACUCGGGAAGCAGCACCCCGACCGAGUGGUGGAGACGAGCACCCUCUCCAGCGUCCCCCCUCCGGACGUCACCUACACCCUCUCCCUUCCCGAUUCCAUCGCCGACAACGGGUUACUCUCCGCACUACAGCUGGAAGCGAUCACGUACGCCUGCCAGCAACACGAAGUUUUGCUCCCCAACGGGCAAAGGGCCGGCUUCCUCAUCGGGGACGGCGCCGGGGUGGGGAAAGGCCGGACGGUCGCGGGAAUCAUCUUCGAGAAUUACCUGAAGGGAAGGAAAAAGGCUCUGUGGUUCAGCGCCUCGAACGAUCUCAAGUACGAUGCCGAGAGGGACCUGAAGGACAUCGAUGCAGCAAACAUUCCUGUCCACGCUUUAAACAAGAUAAAAUAUGGAGACACAGCUACCUCGGAAGGAGUCCUAUUUGCCACUUACUCCGCCCUGAUCGGCGAAAGCCAAGCGGGCGGCCAGCACCGGACCCGGUUGAAGCAGAUUCUGGAUUGGUGCAAGGAGGAUUUCGACGGUGUUAUCGUGUUUGACGAAUGCCACAAAGCCAAAAACGCCAGUUCCACCAAGAUGGGCAAAGCAGUAUUGGACCUGCAGAACAAGCUGCCCCUCGCCAGGGUCGUCUACGCCAGUGCCACAGGUGCCUCUGAGCCAAAGAACAUGAUCUACAUGAGUCGUUUGGGGAUAUGGGGAGAUGGCACUCCCUUCCGGCUGUUCGACGAAUUCCUACACGCCAUUGAAAAGAGGGGUGUCGGCGCGAUGGAGAUCGUGGCCAUGGACAUGAAAGUCAGCGGGAUGUACAUCGCCCGGCAGCUCAGCUUUUCGGGGGUCACCUUCCGGAUCGAGGAGAUCCCCCUGGACCCGGAUUAUAAACUCGUCUACAAUAAGGCAGCUCAGCUGUGGGCAAAAGCCCUGGUUGUUUUCCAGCAAGCCGCCGACCUCAUCGGCUUGGAGUCCCGGAAGUCUCUGUGGGGACAGUUCUGGUCCGCUCACCAGCGCUUCUUCAAGUACCUUUGCAUCGCUGCGAAAAUCCGUCGCCUCGUCGAGCUGGCCAAGGAGGAGCUCAGCAAAGACAAGUGCGUCGUGAUCGGCUUGCAGUCGACGGGAGAGGCCCGGACCCGGGAAGUCCUCGACGAGAACGAGGGGCACCUGAACUGCUUUGUUUCCGCUGCCGAAGGCGUCUUUCUCUCACUAAUUCAGAAGCACUUUCCUUCAACCAAACGAAAAAGAGAAAGAGGAACUGGCAUUAAAAGAAAACGGAAGCCCAGGAUCCGCUGCCUCGCCAAGGUCUCCAAGCCCGCCUACGACCUCGCCAGCACCGGCGUCGUCAUCAAGAUCAGCUCGGACAGCAGCUCCGACUCCGAGCCGGGCAUGGAAAGCGACUUCAACUCCUCGCCGGAGUCCCUCUUCGAGAACGACGACGUCAUCUUCGUGGAGCGCAUCACCACCAGCGCCGCCGUCAACGGCUUUGCGGGCGAGGACCGAGGCGGCCUGUACCUGCAAAACCCCCAGAAGGAGAUGCACGGCGCGGGGGCGCUGGAACACGUGGAGACGAUGAAGCAGGGCCUCCUGUCGGAAGUGAAGGCACUGGGCAAAGAACUACCUCUCAACACCUUAGACGAACUCAUCGAUCACUUUGGCGGCCCGGAAAGCGUGGCAGAGAUGACCGGGCGGAAAGGGCGCGUCGUGCGGCGCCCCGGCGGCUCUGUUGUGUUCGAGUCGCGGGCCGAGCAAGGGCUGUCCAUCGACCACGUGAACCUCAAGGAGAAGGAGCGCUUCAUGAACGGAGACAAACUCGUAGCAAUAAUUUCCGAGGCCUCCAGCUCAGGGAUCUCUCUUCAAGCGGACAGACGGGUAAAGAAUCAAAAGCGGCGCGUCCACAUGACGCUGGAACUGCCUUGGAGCGCCGACCGGGCAAUACAGCAGUUCGGUCGAACGCACCGCUCCAACCAAGUUUCCGCCCCGGAGUACAUCUUCCUCAUCUCUGAACUGGCCGGGGAGCGCCGGUUCGCGUCCAUCGUGGCGAAGCGGCUGGAAAGUCUUGGUGCCUUAACUCACGGGGACAGACGAGCCACUGAGUCCAGGGAUCUCAGCAAGUACAACUUCGAGAAUAAGUAUGGGUCCAGAGCCCUGGACAAGGUCCUGCUCACUAUCCUCAACCAGUCGGAGAACAAAGUCCCGGUGCCCAAGGGUUACCCGGGAGGAGACGCCGCUUUCUUCCAGGACAUGAAGCAGAGCCUCCUUUCGGUCGGGAUCUGUUGCAAAGAGAUGCGUUACGGCUUUGUGACGGUGGAGAAAGACUGCUCCAUCACCAAGUUCCUGAACCGCAUCUUGGGCCUGGAGGUCCUGACGCAGAACCUGCUCUUCCAGUAUUUCAGCGACACGUUCGACUACCUGAUCGACCGGGACAAGAGAGAUGGCAAAUACGACAUGGGGAUUUUAGAUCUAGCUCCCGGCGUUGAUGAGAUCUACGAGGAGAGCAAGGAGGUUUUCCUGACACCAGGCCACCCCCAGGAUGGACAGGUGGUCUUCUACAAGAUCAGCGUUGACAGAGGCCUGAAGUGGGAAGAAGCCUACGAGAAGUCGCUCCAGCUGACGGGCGCGCACGACGGCUUCUACCUCUCCCAUAAGGUCCGAGGCAACAUGUACACCUGCCUCCUGGCGGAGCAGAACCGUGGGAAACACUUCACCCUCUACAAGCCAAACAUUGGCAAGCACAGCCAGACGGAGAGUUUGGAAAUCCUGCUGAAGAAGUACCGGCAGGUGUCGCCGGAAGAGGCCCAGAAACACUGGGAGGGCAGCUACGCCUUCUCCCUGGAGUACUGCAACCACGCCGUGUGGAACGGGAACUGUAAAGUGGUCCAAGAGGGCAAGGAGUGUUUCCAGGGCACGCGCCUACGCCACUAUUACAUGCUGUGUGGGGCGCUGCUGCGGGUGUGGAGCAAGAUCGCCAGCACCAUGGCUGACAUCACCAACACCAGCUACCUGCAGAUCGUCCGGCUCAAGACCAAAGAGAAGAAGAAGCAAGUCGGCAUCAAAAUCCCGGAGAGCUGCGUCCAGCAAGUGAGGAAGGAGUUGAAGCAGAUGGACGAAAGCGUCAAGCAGAAGCAGAACCAAGCCCUGGUGGCGGCGGCGGCGGCGGCGGGGCCCGGCCUGCCUUUCCCGCUGCUCCCGCCCCUGGACCUCAGCCAGCCCGCGGGGGUCUCAGGCUUCCUGCCCCCCCAUCAGGACGAAGUCUUGGACUUGACUUACAGCCCUCCCAGCGACGGACUCCCGGACUUCUGGACCGAGGCGUCCCCCCAGAAUCCGCCGCUGCAUUUCAGCUUCCCCUUUGACGGCGCCGGCCUGGCGGGCAGCCUGCCCCUCGCCCCCCCGCCCCAGCACGAACACUUGCCCCCGGCCCCUCCUCCCCCGGAAACCUUCUCUGUGCCCGGCUCGGACAUCAACUACAAGGAGCUCUUGGAAGAGAUGCUGAGCUCGCUCAACGUGGGGCCCGGGGACGCCGCUGCCGCCGCCGCCACGGGGCGCGAAAGCGUCAUCCAGUUCGGGGCCGGGGCCUUCUCGAACUUCUACAACCCCAGCUGAACCGGCAGCGGAGGACGAGGAGCAGCGCGGGGGAGCCGAGGAGGGACACCCCCCCACGCCCCGGACGCCUCUUUGGCCCGGGUUCCAGGGGCGGGGGGAUGUCGUGUGUUCUUUUUAAUACCGGCUCACGCCGGACCACUUCUGUCUUUUUCAACAGGGAUGGGACGAGCUAGCAGAAGCAAAAGUUUAUUUAUAUAUAAUAUACAGUCGACACCUGUACUAAAUUUUUAUAUCUA